AAGGUUUUUAAAUUUCAAGAGAUACCUCCUUCGUUCUACUAACACUUAUAAAAAUCAAUUACAAUCGAAGUCCCCAACUCUCCGUCUCCUUCAACCUCAUCACCCUCUUCCGUCGCAAGGAGUGCACGCCGAUAGAUAUCGACGAUUCGUUUCAGAUCCCUCCCCGCCGUCGUGUAGUGUUUAGCCCCGUGCUUCGUCUGUUUCGGCAUCGAUCGCACGCUAGUGGAGGCGAUCUGGAGAAAGCAUGGUUGGUGACGAUGUCUCAUUGGAAGGAUUGGAGCAAGAGCUCGAAGAUUGCAAAGCUGACGAGGAACGAAAUCGCGAGACUAUACGAAGGAUGUGGAGAACAAUUUACGGCAAUCUGAACUCGAAUCCAUUGAGGAUUACAUUAAAGAAAGUGACAAUUUAGUUUCUCUUCAUGAUCAAAUUCAUGAUUGUGACAUCAUCCUAUCGCAAAUGGAAAAGGUUCUCAGUGGAUUUCAGGCUGAAAUUGGUUCAAUGCUCAGAUAUUAAGUUUCUUCAAGAGAAAUCUAUGGACAUGGGGCUUAAGCUCAAGAAUCGAAAGGCAGCUGAAUCAAAAUUGACAAAAUUUGUUGAGGACAUCAUUGUCCCACCAAGGAUGAUAGAUGUUAUCGUUGAUGGAGAGACCUCGUUUGAUGCUGAGAUCAAGAAAAUGAAAAUAAAAAACUGCUACUUUCCCCUGUUUGUAUCCUCAAAUGUCCUACAGAAGGAGAAAGACCAUAUAGAGGGGUUUGCGCCCGAGGUUGCAUGGGUAACAAAUCUGGAGAAUAUGACAUGGAGAAUCCUAUUGCAAUCCGUCCAACUAGUGAAACUGUUAUGUAUCCAUAUUUUUCCAAAUGGAUUAGGGGGCACCCAGACUUGCCUCUGAGGCUUAAUCAGUGGUGUAAUGUUGUGAGAUGGGAGUUCAGCAACCCCACCCCAUUUAUCAGGAGUCGUGAAUUUCUUUGGCAAGAAGGACAUACUGCUUUUGCAACCAAGGAAGAGGCAGACAUUGAGGUCCGUGACAUUUUGGAACUCUAUAGACGCAUAUAUGAAGAGUUCUUGGCUGUUCCAGUUAUUAAGGGGAAAAAAAGUGAGCAUGAGAAGUUUGCUGGGGGACUCUAUACAACAACCGUUGAGGUUACAAUACUAUUAGAUUAUACAAUAUUACUCUUCUGGGACAGUCUGUGCAAACUAUCCCUGAAGGGAUCCUUUCUUUGUAUAUAAAAUUGCUAUAUGGCAGGCUUGUUCCAAACACCGGGCGUGGUGUGCAAGGUGCAACUUCACAUUGUUUGGGUCAGAAUUUUGCUAAAAUGUUUGAGAUAAAUUUUGAGAAUAAGAAAGGAGAAAGAGCUAUGGUCUGACAGAAUUCAUGGGCGUAUACGGUGAUUACUGUCUUUAUUGUUAUUACUCUUUCUAGGUGCUCAGAUAUCCAUGCAAAGUAAUGUCGUGUGGUUGAAAUCAAAUACUUUCUGUUUCACCGUUCUCUGAUUCAGAUUUACUUUGUGUUCCAAAAUAUGAAUUUUACCUGUCCAUUUACUCUCCCCAAAACAUGGAUCCUAUGUUUCUUUGGAAAAGGUACUGAAAGGUUAGAAAUAUUGACCUGGUUUUCUGUGGAU